GUUUGGUUAUGCUCUCUUCCUCCUCUCUUCUGUCUGUUCCUUUUCUGUUAUUCAAUCUACAGUUCAUAUUCUCAACCCCAUCAGAGGGUUGCUCGUCCUCCAACCAUUGCAUUCUCCUCAACCUUUUUUGGUUUCUUGCACCUUCGAUUUUUAAAACAAAAGUAGCUGAAUCGCCUUUCUUCUUCACGUGAAUUCUUUAAAGAUGCAACCUUUUCAUUCCCUCCACUACCUCCCUCUAUUUUCGUUGGAAAGGGGGAAACAACUUUUUUGUUUUCUAUGCCCGCUGCUAUCCCACUGUCCUCAUAUACAAUAGUAUUCAAAAGUUCUCUAACCCAAAAGGGCGAUUGGUCAUUCGGAUUCUGCAUUUGAUAAAUUCAGGAGGAGGAAAAAAAAAAUGGCAACUGGGGAUUACUCGGGAUGGAAGGGCGGUUCUCCGACGAUGUACUGGCCAGAGAAUCUGGAGGACGAGGUUGAAGACGGAGUUUACAGAGACGAACUGCUCUUCACGUCGAUUCCUCACCCUCACACACUCAAGGAGCCGAUGGAGUUUCUCUCCAGAUCAUGGAGUCCAUCUCCUUCUAAAUUCUCCAAAGCCCUCACUCUGAAACAACAACAACAGCAACAGCAACAGCAAGAACAGUUUUGUGUUGCCCAGAACAGCCCGGGUGUUCUGUCCCCAGCUGCAGAUCCGCUCGUGGCAGGGAGAAUCACGAACUCAGUUAGCAGCACGCGGAGAUCAGGGCCAUUAUCCAAGUGGUUUCAACGCAGGGAACAAACCAGCCCAAGCAUCACGAGCAGCAAUCUCAAGAAGAAAGACAAGGCGCGUGUGGAGAACGCCCAUGCCCACUCUGCCGUCUCCAUCGCGGCUCUGGCAGCCGGGUUAGCCUCUGUGACCGCCACAGGGAUCUGCCGAGAGCCAGGCUCAGAUAUGGCAUCGCCAUUGGCGGCAGCCACCGAGCUGUUGGCCUCCCACUGCAUUGAGAUGGCUGAGAUGGCAGGUGCCGAUCACAGCCGUGUUGCCUCUGCAGUCAGUUCUGCCAUGGACGUCCAUAGCCCUGGUGAUCUCAUGACUCUUACAGCUGCAGCUGCAACAGCCCUGAGAGGAGAAGCGGCUCUGAAGAGAAGGAUGCCAAUGGAGUCAAGGAAGAAAGCAGCAAUAACACCAUGUGAGAGGAGCUUUUCCGACUUUAGUCGGCCAGUAAAUUUCCAAUAUAGAUCGGAGGAAUCGGAUCUUCUGUUUGAGGGCGAGCUGACACAAUGCACUCAAAACGGAGUUCAUCGCACGAAGCACGUGUCUAUGUACAUCGACAACAAGUCUCAGGUCAUAAUCAAACUCAAAAGCAAACACAUCGGAGGGGCAUUCUCCAAGAAGAUCAAAUGCGUUGUAUAUGGAGUGUGCGACGAGUUAUCUGCAUGGCCGUACAGGAAAGAGAGAGACGACAACAGCUCGGAAGAAGUCUACUUUGGUCUGAAAACCGGACAGGGUCUUCUCGAGUUCAAGUGCAAGAGCAAGUCCCACAAACAGAGAUGGGUCGACGGCAUCCAGUCUCUUUUCCGCCAAGUUUCUUGCUUCCAGCAUGGAAAAUGCUGUCUAGAGUCUCGUAGCCUCAGCUAAAACCUGUGACUUAAUCUUCCUCACAUAUGGUCGAUGUGGUACUCUUAACAGAUUCAGUUCCCUAUAUAUGUAUGAGUAUAUAUAUAUAUAUAUAUGUAUUGUACAAUCCCGGGUUCUGUAAUAAGCUGUAACCUUGGAAGAUUUUGGAUAGGCACGAAAUAGUUUGCUGAGAGAUCA